GUCAAAAUUUCAAACGUCAGUUUAUUUUAACUUUUAUUUUAACAUAUCGUCCCUUUUGCCCUUUCUUUAUUAAGCCAAAAAUAAAACAAUUAUGGAAUACCAAAAAGAUGCAACCAUUUCUUCAGCAGUUCCUAAAGUUGAUCCUAAAAAUCCUCAUGGAUUAGGUGAUCCAAAUGAUAGAUCCUUACGAAAAGUCGAAGUGGAAGUUCUAAUUCCAAAAAUAAUGCGUGAUCGUGCCAAGGCCGAACAUUGUCUCAAAGAAGUCAAAGCCUUCGAGAGUUGUUGCCGGGACAAUAGCCUUUUGAUGGUAAUCAAUUGCAGGCAACAAAAUGAUGUCCUAAAGACUUGUCUCGCCAAUUGGUACAGCAAUGAAGCAUUCAAAGCGGAAUGCAAGGAAAUCUAUUUGAAAGAAAGAUCCGAAUAUCGUGCAACUGGUAUUCCAAAGAAACACAGAAUGGCUAGGUUGUAAAUGUUAUUUAUUCUUCUAUAUUUUUAUUUUGACUGAACAAAUGCACUGUAGUUAAAUCGUUUAAUAAUAUUUUCUGAAAGAGUAAAUUUGUCCAGAUUCUGUAAGAUA